AUGAGAACUCUUCUUUGCUUGGUUGUUGUUGUGGCUGUGGCCUAUUGUAUGCCAUUCGAUGUUGUGAACGAGCAUGUUAAGCCCGGAGUGAAAGCUUGCGGCCCACCCCAAUGCCCCUACGAUGAUGGAGUGAAAGUGGAAGUGCCAAAAGUAAAGGCCUGUGGACCCCCUCAAUGCCCUAAUGUUGAAGAGGUCGUGGUUGUGCCCGAAGUAAAAGCCUGCGGACCCCCACAAUGCCCCAACGUCGAAGAAGUCAAGGAGGAGCCCAAGGUGAAGGCCUGUGGACCACCAAUGUGCAAC